AUGAAAAAACCGCAGGUGGGUAUUGCCAGUACGGGUUACGAUGGAAACCCUUGCAAUAUGCACUUAAACGAUUUGGGUGCCGAAAUCAAAAAGCACUCAAAAGAUGCGGGUUUUGUGGGGCUUGGUUUCAAUACGAUAGGGGUCAGCGAUGGGAUUUCUAUGGGUACUUCUGGGAUGAAUUAUUCGCUUACUUCCCGAGAUAUUAUUGCCGAUUCUAUGGAGACGGUCGUCAAUGCACAGAGUUAUGAUGGUCUGAUAGGAAUUGUAGGUUGUGAUAAAAAUAUGCCAGGUGCAAUUAUAGCAAUGUUGAGAUUAAAUAGACCGUCUAUGAUGCUUUAUGGCGGCACGAUUGCUUCUGGAAAAUACAAGGGUAGAAAAUUAAACAUCGUCUCUGCUUUUGAGGCACUUGGGCAAAAAGUCGCAGGAGAGAUAGACGAAGCUACAUACAGAGAAAUUGUAAAGGCUGCUAUUCCGGGGGCGGGUGCUUGUGGAGGGAUGUAUACCGCUAAUACAAUGGCAUCUUCUAUAGAAUGUAUGGGAAUGGCACUGCCUUAUAAUUCUUCUAUUCCUGCCGAAAAUCCUCAUAAAUUAAAAGAGUCGCAACGCACUGCUCAGGCAAUGAUGAAUCUCUUAAAAUUAGAUUUGAAACCCAAAGACAUCGUUACCAAAAAAUCCAUUGAAAAUGCUGUAGCCCUUGUAAAUGCUUUGGGUGGUUCUACCAAUGCGGUUUUGCAUUAUCUCGCGAUUGCUUAUGCGGGGGAUAUAGAUUUUACUUUGCAAGAUUUCCAAAGUGUGAGUGAUAGAACCCCACUAAUUGCAGAUCUAAAACCCUCUGGAAAAUAUUUGAUGGAGGAUGUGCAUUCUAUUGGGGGGACGCCUGCCAUUAUGAAAUAUUUACUCAAUCAAGGUUAUUUAUAUGGAGAUUGUAUGACGGUUACAGGCAAGACGCUUGCAGAAAAUUUAUCCGAUGUGGAACCGAUGGAAUUUGAAUCGCAAGAUGUCGUUUUCCCUGACAACAAAGCCUUAAAGAGUUCUGGGAAUUUACAGAUUUUGUACGGCAACCUCGCAAGUGAAGGAGCGGUUGCCAAAAUAUCGGGAAAAGAAGGCUUGUUUUUUGAAGGUAAGGCAGUGGUUUAUAACGGUGAACAAGCAGCUAACGAUGGUAUUUCUAAGGGCGAAGUUUCAAGGGGAGAUGUGGUCGUCAUCAGAUAUGUAGGACCCAAAGGUGGACCAGGAAUGCCUGAAAUGCUCAAGCCUACUUCUAUGAUUAUGGGGGCAGGUCUUGGAAAAUCUGUUGCAUUGAUUACGGACGGACGGUUUUCUGGGGGUACGCACGGUUUUGUGGUGGGUCAUAUCACGCCUGAAGCCCAAACAGGUGGGACGAUUGCCCUUGUCAAAACAGGAGACAUCAUUGCCAUCAACGCCGAAGAAAAUACCAUUACCCUUAAAAUAAGCGAUGAAGAAAUGACACGAAGACGCACAGCUUGGAAAGCCCCUGCAUUGAAACACAGCAAGGGUAUUUUAUUUAAGUAUGCAAGGUCGGUUACAUCUGCAUCGGAAGGUUGUGUAACAGAUAAAUAUUAA